AUGCUUUUAUGCUCUGCAAGAUCUGGGACUCAUCUGUCGUAUAAUCCUUCCUCUGCCCAACUUGACGACUUCUACGCAAAUUUUAAAGCCGGCUCCAACAUGCUCCAAGCCUUACUGCAUCUUAGUUCCACAGACGAUGAAGUCCAGGAACUCAUAUGGAUCUCCGUCACAGUCUUCCCCAGACCAAUCUCCAUAGCGAAACUUCGAGCAUUCAGCGCCGAACUGACUGAAUGGAAGGGUCUCUUAGGCACAAUACUACUAAAAUACGACGUGGACUUCCCGCUGUCGGAGCCGCAGAAUCUGACAUGGCAAAUGCUUCACCAGCUUCCCAUCCCACCCUUGCCCUAUUCCGGCAUUCCGAUGCAGCUCCGCCUCAUAUUAUCACUAUACACUUUUUACGUCGCUCGGACCAAGUGGGCGAUGAGCUCUCUUAGUGAUGAUGAUGAUGAUGAUGAUGGCAAUCCUAAAUUCGAGCUCGAGACAUAUUUCUACUUCUAUCAGCAACUACGACUUGCCUCAACAGAUCUAAGCUCUGCUAAAGGCAACAAUAACAACACCCCUGAAAUCGACGAGCAAUACCAUGCUUGCGAAUCCGUAAAAAUCGGAUUUUCGCCCCUCUUAUACCUGGCGGGUCAUUCCUGUUAUCGCAUACCGAGCUGGAUGGAAUGGGUAGCUCACAAACUGAGUCAAAUCGGGCAAGAGGGCCUUUUCAACAGUCAGAUAUAUACCAUGACCUUGGAGGCAUUACUCCAUUUUGAGAAAUUACCUAGCGCCGCAAACGGUGCUGAGAUGAUGCACUUCGCUACUGACCGGUGCAAGCGACGGGUCUCAUCGCUGCUCAUUCCCUGCUGUAAUAGAAGAGCCUAUGUCGCAUACUACCUUUACUCGUACAUUCGAAGCGAUGAUUCUGAUCACAAGAACAAAAGCAGCAAGCAUAGCAGCAGCGGCGGCCGCGGUUAUGAUACCAUUUGGGAGGAAAGCGGUUACUUCGUUUCCGGUAAAACCAGAUGGGGAGAUAGUGGUGGUAGUGGUAGCUGCAGCCAUAUGAGCAUGGUGAUUUGCGAUGCAAAUGAAACCGUUAACGGGCCUGUAACUAUGAGAUGGCUCUUUAAUCAGCCAAUAUUCACGCACUGGGCGGAGUGGUCAUUUGAUCAGGAGUUUCGACUUGAUCGUGUUCUUACUGAUCAUAUCGUUGGGGGUAGUUUUGAUAGGACUAGCGAGUAUAGAUACGAGGUCUGCACGGUGUAUUAG